AUGAAUUACUUGGCAAUCGGUCAAUCCGUCUUUUUUGUGAUGCUUAUCGUGGUUUUGGUAUCGUUUAUAGAUGACAAGAGGAGGAAAAUUAUAUAUUCUGUACGAUUAAACCGAAUAUCAAACUUAUCCUUACACAUAAAACGACAAAUUAAAAUGUUUAUGAACCAAAUAUCAUUUUACGAAGCUGAUGAAAUCACCGCUUUCGGGUUGUUCAAAAUUAAUUUAUAUCUCGUUAUGUCGAUAUUAGAAUUAUUAAUUACCGGGAUAGCCACAUCAAUACAAAUGAAAGAUCAUCCAAUGGUUUUGAAAUGGAUCAAUGAAAUGGAAUCGAUUGCAUCCCUUCAAUUUAAGAUAGUUAAUAAGUUAGCUAACGAUUCAUCUGUCUAA